AUGCUCGUCAACAAUAUCUGCCUCAUUGCCUUCGCCGCUGUUGCCAUGGCUGCGCCCCAACGCAUUGACUUCAACCGAGAUCCUAAUAACAACGGCGACCGAACCGCACAAAUGGCGCGCGUCGAGGAUCUCCGCAACAAGGGCCUCACGUGUAAUGAGGCCGCUCAGGAAACCUUUGUAUGCUCUGAUGGCCUUGGUGGCGACUGUUCUGUUAAUAUCUUCGGAGAAGGAAGCUGCUUGAUUUAG